AUGGGUCGGGAGAUAACCGCGGUGGAGGAGGUUCCCGCGGGGAACGUGUUCGGCAUACUGGGUCUGGAGGGGUCGGUAAUGAAAAUGGGGACAUUGAGCGACACCCCGACAUGUCCAUCGCUGUCAUCACUUCGUCUGGCGAGCGAUCCGAUCGUGCAGAUCGCGGUGGAGACGGAGCGCGCGAGCGACAUGCCGCGGUUAUUGUCGCAGCUGGCGAUUCUGAACGCGAACGACAGCAGCAUCCGCGUGUUCGAAAUGAAAACGGGGGAGCACAUCAUCAGCGCGGUGGGCGAGCUGCAGCUGGAAGUGAUCAUUAACGACCUUCGGAAGCGGCUGCCGGAUCUGAAUCUGGUGGUUUCUCCGCCGAUUAUCAACAUUCGCGAAGCCUGCGCGCUGCUGCCCGCAUGCAGCGAAACGAGGCUCUUCGUCGAGCAGUUCGCGGAGGCGUUCCGCGGGGAUGCGCUGCUGCGGCCGUUCGCGGAGCACGUGGUGGCGUUCGGUCCGAAACCGAUCGACACGAACGUGCUGGCGGUGGAUCCGAGCAUCGAUUGCCCCGAAGCGUUCCUGUUCGGCUCGCAGUUUAGGAAAUAUUGCCGGGCUUUCGAAGAGACGGAGAAGGAAAAGGCCGAGUCGCGCGACGAAGAAAAAAGCGCGGCAGCCCAGGAGAAUGGAUUGAUGAAUGAAUCAAUGAAUGAAUCGAAUCAAUCGAAUCAAUCGAAUCAAUCGAAUCAAUCGAAUCAAUCGAAUCAAUCGAAUCAAUCGAAUCAAUCGAAUCAAUCGAAUCAAUCGAAUGAAUCAUCAAUUGAAUCAUCGAAUCAAUCAGUGAAUGGACCCACGACUCCCGAGGAGGAGGAGGGCUGGCUGGAGGGCGUGGCGCUCACCCAAACCCUGCUGCGCCAAUUCCACAUGAGUUUGGUGAACGGAUUCAAGCUGGCCUGCGAGGCCGGUCCGCUCUGCAGCGAGCCGCUCUGGGGCGUUCUCUUCAUUCUCGAGGACUUCGCCCUCCUUCCUCCCCGCGAUUCCAAGGACUCCAAGAAUGGGGAAACUGGAGAAACCGAGGAGGGAGCGACGGAGCUCGCCAAGGCCCGGGAGACGCGUCUGCGCGUGUCGGAAGCGCGGGAUCGCAUCGCGCAGCUGUCGAGCGGCGUGGUGAUGUCGCAGACGCGCUCGCUGUGCCACCAGGCGUUCCAGCAAGCGUCGGCGCGCAUCGCGGAGCCGAUGUACCGGUGCAUUCUGCAGUGCAACAGCCAGCAUCUGGGGAAACUGUACUCGGUGAUCAACCAGAGACGCGGGGAAGUCGAGAGCGAAGACAUCUGGGAAGGCACCGAUAUCUUUACUAUCACGUGCUCGUUGCCUGUGACGGAGAGUCUCGGAUUGGCCAAUCAUUUGCGAGAACAGACGUCGGGAGCGGUGAAUCAGCCGCAACUGCAAUUUUCGCAUUGGCAAAUUUUGGAUGAGGACCCGUUCUCGAAGCCGGUGACCGAGGAGGAGAUUGAGGAAUGGGGAGAGAAGUUUGGAACGAGGAACCGGGCGAAGGAGAUCAUCGAUGGGAUUCGAAAGCGAAAGGGAAUGCAGACCGAUGAGAAGAUUGUCGAGAAUGCGGAGAAGCAGACAACCAUGAAGAGCAAGUGA